AUGGUUACUCCCGCCGAUCUCAUCAGAGAACUCACUCUCACCAACAAACAUCUCACCAAGAAGAACGAGAAUCUCAGAAUGGAAAAUCACAACCUCAAAGUCACAAACGACAUGCUCAAGAACAAAGCCGCCACCGAUCAAGCCGUCAUGAAUGCCGCCAUCGCAAUCAAGAACCUCGAGACCUACAACCAAGCCCUUGAAGACGAGAACCAGCAUCUGAGGCAGCAGCUUGAGCAUUGCGCUGAGAGAAAGAGAAUCGAUGAUGAGUUGAAGGUGUUCAGAAUGGAAGUUGAGAGCAUUGACGAGGAACUGGAGAAACGUUUCAAGGAGAUGGAGAUAAUUGAGGAGCUGAACGAGCAGAUGAAGAUGUUGAGAAACGUGGAUGUUCAAGAAACUUCUCAGGAAGUUAAUCAGGAAGCUGCUCAAGGAUGUAUCAAAAAAGUCGCUCAGGAGGAUGCUCAGGAAGACUUCCAGCCAGUCACCGAGCAUACUCAAAAAGAUCAGAACGUUGUGGAGGACAAAGAGUGA